AUGGCUUUACAACAGCAGCAUCCAGGAAGCGCGGCGACUAGAAAUAAACCCUGCGAAGAAAAUCCCUAUGGCAUCUUCGUCGAGGAAGACCUCAUCGACGACUCGACCGGCGUCGUACCAACAAAGGGACUAGGCAUACCGUUAAGCCUCAAGGAUCGCUUCCUAAGGCGCCUGUCAAAGAUGCUAGGCACCGCAGCGAACAUACGAGAGACACCCAACGGCAACGUCAUGGAUAUCUUCUUGACCAGAGACAAAACGUCGCCUCGGCCAAACAUUGCGCUGGAUGAAGGACUACGCAAAUUUGUGCGCGAGCUCGAAGAUGGGCUGGCCGCUGUUGCGACUCAUUCUUCUGGGCUGCCACUCGAUCGCGCAUGCUCGGAACUAUGGGAUGUAAUCCUCAUCGCCAACUAUGAUAGAGUGGAACAAGUCAUACGAAGUAUACAGAAGAAUUUCGACCAGAACAGGACUACCUUCGACGAACUCGUAACAAGGAUGUUCGGCAUCGACGACAUGGACAACAAAGGCUCCAUGUUGGACCGAGAGCUUGGUGAAAAAAUAAUCAGGCUAUCUCACGAUGUCCAUGCUUUCGAUGGCUCAAUGAGAGAUUUGAAUGAACUCGCCCAGUUCGCUUCAACUAUGACUAGGGUAAAUCACAAUCUACAGGAUCGGCUAAGAUACCUUCUAGAGAAGACUUACUUCGCCAACAAGUUGUUCGACCUCAUCUGCGCCCUCGGCUUUCCCGAACGUGUCUACAGCACCCUGGUCCGGGCUGCUAGAUCUUCGCAGACAUUUGGGAAGGUCAACUUCCACUUGAGACCUCAGUCGCCGGUCAAAUUUGUUUCCUUUGCGACUCCGAUGGCGAGCGCGAUGUCCUCAAGCACCAUCAAGCCGUACUCACCACCUCCCAAGGAGAAGUCGAAGCGGAUGAAGCAGUAUGAAGCGACAGCGAUGGAAACAACAAUUGCGAUUGCCACUCUUCCCUCUCUUCCUCUUCCUUCCCCCCCUCCUCAGCCAGCUGUCACCAGCCUCGGUUCGCUGAUGACCGCGGUGCGACCUUACCUGAAUCAACAAGAUCGAGAUCUCCCUCUCCAUUCCCUCCAACCCGCAACCAAGCAAGAGACGGCAAAACUCAUUGGCACCAUAUUGAGGAAGAGGUUACUUGCAACAGACACAACUGCAUGGUACGCCUUUGGCUUUGUGACCGCUAAGGACGAGGACCAAGAGAGACAACUAGCAGGGCUUUACGUCGCAAUAUUGAAGGAGGCUAAAGAUCCCGAAGCCGCGUUCCGAGAACUUCAGACUGCUUUGGAAACGAACUCCAUAGUAAAGCUUUUCGACAAGUACGAGUACGCUCAUUUCCGCGACCUAUUCCCGUACCUCAAGACCUUCCUCUCCACCCCACCCACCAAGCGCUCCACCGUCUGGCGUCUUCGGCAGUUCAUCCAGGAUCCAGUUGAUGACGAACCGCCCGCAUGUCUCCAACGGGACUACGGUUUCAAAUUCUGCCGGCCCCGCGAAGAAGUCCUCCGCCUCAAGGAGAUCUACAUUAACAUACUGAAGAAGCUGGGCCCGCAGAAGUUGGAUAUCGCAUGUAUCAACGGUCGAUUGUCCGAGACGGCGAUGAAAGAAGGCGUUCACGUUGAUCAGAAAGAUAGGCGGUUUCUUAAAAACGAUUACGACUCGCCGUUCCUGGGAGUGGACUGUGAAGGUGGGCUUCAGAACUACCGCGGCCCGUUUUACAGGAAGCCGCUGAAGCUCUAG